AUGGCUCCCAAGUCUAGUUCUUCAAAGAAAAGUUCAUCUGCUGGUGCAGCAACGGAUUCUGUUAAACAACCAAAAUUUAAACUACCUACCGAAUUCAUAGCGAGACCACUACAAGUAACUGACAACUAUAAAGAUUUAUCUGUUGCUAUAAUUCAUCCAAAUGUUUUAAAAGCCCUUGAAAUAUCGUCUGGUUCUUUGUGUGUUAUCUCCAAAUUUGGAUCUGAUGGGAUAGUUGCGCAAGCUAAAUCCGGGAAUGAACAAACCCAUCCAGUUGAUGUUGUAAUGAUUUCUUCAACUCUUAGGUCUGUAGGAAACAUCAUUUUAGGUGAUCGUUUAGAAAUUAUAAGGAUGCAAAGCCAACCACCUUAUGCUGGUAAUAUCACUAUUGGAUCACUACAAGGAGACGAUUUACAAAGUGAUCCAUCAAUUGAGAAAACCGUAACCAAAUUACUUGAUGACUGUGGAAUUAUAAUGCCAGGUAUGGUAUUUCUUGGAACUAAGAUAUUGAUCGAUGGGAAAGAAAUUGCUCUGCUUGUUGUUGAAGUCAAUGACACAAAUCUGCCAGAUAUUUCAAAAAUAUCAUUGAAAGAUGACCAAAAUAGUGAGAACGACUCGAUUUAUUUAUCACCACCAGUUAUAUUCAAAAAGGGAACGACAAAGAUAAAUUUCUCUAUAGAGACCAGAACAAGUCCAAAAUAUAACUUGCCUCAACCUAUAACCUAUGAUGCCAUAGGUGGUUUACGUAAGGAAGUUGAAUUACUACAGAGUACUAUCAGUUUACCAUUACAUCAACCAACGUUAUUUACUGAUUUCGGAGUUACUCCACCAAGAGGGAUAUUACUACAUGGCCCACCAGGUACAGGUAAAACGAUGUUAUUGCAAUGUGUUGCCAAUACGGCCAAUGCCCAUGUAUUGACUAUCAAUGGUCCGUCAAUUGUAUCUAAAUAUCUAGGUGAAACAGAAGCUGCUUUAAGAGACAUUUUCAAUGAAGCGAAGAAAUAUCAACCUUCUAUUAUUUUCAUUGAUGAAGUUGACUCAUUAGCUCCUAAUAGAGCUAAUGAUGAUGCAGGUGAGGUAGAAAGUAGAGUUGUUGCCACAUUAUUGACAUUAAUGAGUGGUAUGAGCGCGGCUGGAAGGGUUGUUGUCAUUGCAGCUACCAACAGACCUAACUCAGUGGAUCCUGCUUUGAGAAGACCAGGUAGGUUUGAUCAGGAAGUUGAAAUUGGUAUUCCAGAUGCAGAUGCAAGAUUGGACAUUUUAUUAAAAAAUUUCUCUAAAAUGUCUACAGAACGCCAUACGCUGACAGGAGAAGAUAUCAAAACAAUUGCCUCUAAGACGCAUGGUUAUGUCGGUGCUGACUUAUCAGCUCUUUGUAGAGAAUCCGUCAUGAAAACUAUUCAACGUGGGAUGCAUUUAUAUAAGGAUAUUGAUAGCUCACUAUUAAAAGUAACAAUGAAUGAUGUUGAGAAUGCCAUGAUUGAAAUUAGACCAAGUGCAAUGAGAGAAAUUUUUUUAGAAAUGCCCAAAGUUUUCUGGUCAGAUAUCGGUGGACAGGAAGAAUUAAAACGUAAAAUGAAGGAAAUGAUCCAAUUGCCUUUAGAAGCCUCUGCUACAUUUGCUAGAUUGGGUAUAUCCGCUCCAAAAGGUGUCCUAUUGUAUGGGCCACCAGGUUGUUCGAAAACUUUGACAGCAAAGGCAUUGGCGACAGAAUCUGGUAUCAACUUCUUAGCUGUAAAAGGGCCUGAAGUAUUUAAUAAAUACGUUGGUGAGUCAGAACGUGCCAUAAGAGAAAUAUUCCGUAAAGCUCGUGCAGCAUCACCAAGUAUUAUUUUCUUUGAUGAAAUUGAUGCGUUAUCUCCAGAUAGAGAUGGUGGAUCUUCUACUUCAGCAGCAAGUCAUGUGUUGACUUCAUUGCUGAACGAAAUUGAUGGUGUCGAAGAAUUGAAAGGGGUUGUUAUCGUUGCAGCUACAAAUAGACCAGAUGAAAUUGACCCUGCAUUAUUGAGACCGGGGCGAUUAGACAGACAUAUUUAUGUUGCUCCACCAGAUUAUGAUGCUAGAUUACAAAUAUUACAGAAAUGUACCAAGAAGUUCCAAAUAGAAAAUACAAAUAUCAAGCUAGAAGAUCUAGCCGAGAGGACAGCUGGUUGUUCUGGUGCAGAAGUGGUUCUUCUCUGUCAAGAAGCAGGGUUGGCUGCCAUCAUGGAAGACCUUGAAUGCACCAAGGUUAGUCCUGAACAUUUUGAAAAGGCUUUAGCUGGCAUAUCUAGAGGUAUUACCCCAGAGAUGCUGGCUUACUAUGAAGAUUUUGCAAGGAGAAGCGGUGUAUCUAUAUAA